GCUGUUGAAACAGCAGAGGAAGCUAAGGAACCAGCAGAGGCAGACAUCAAUGAACUGUGUAAAGACAUGUUCAACAAAAUGGCCACUUAUUUAACAGGUGAACUGACAGCCACCAGUGAAGACUACAAACUCUUGGAAAACAUGAAUAAGUUGACUAGCUUAAAGUACCUAGAAAUGAAAGAUAUUGCUGUAAACAUCAGUAGAAAUCUGAAGGAUUUAAAUCAAAAAUAUGCUGCUCUUCAGCCAUAUCUGGAACAAAUCAACCUAAUUGAGGAUCAAGUUGCAGCUUUGGAGCAGGCAGCUUAUAAAUUGGAUGCGUAUUCCAAAAAACUUGCCAAGUACAAAAAACUGGAGAAACGAUGA